AUGGUUUUACGUACAAUUCAACACUGCAAUUUCUGGUUCUUGAUAAUUGUGUUACAGAGCAGUCUGAAUGCCGAGGAUGGGAUGGGGGUGACGUCUCUCAGUGUUAUCUAUGCCUCCAUCAUCCUGUCAUCCAUGUUCCUAACACCCAUUCUAAUCAAAAACAUGGGCUGCAAAUGGACUAUUGUUGCCGGCAUGGGCUGCUAUGUGACCUAUUCAAUUGGGAACCUCUUUCCAGGAUGGUACACUCUGAUCCCCACCUCUGUGAUCCUAGGUAUGGGAGGUUCUCCACUAUGGUCAGCCAAGUGUACCCUUCUCACCAUCAGCGGCAACCUGCAGGCCCCUAAAGAAAACAAGGCAGCAGCGCAUGUUAUCAAUAAGUACUUUGGCAUAUUUUUCCUGAUAUUCCAGUCUUCGUCUGUAUUGGGAAACCUCAUGUCGUCGUUGAUAUUCGGUUCAGAUACAGAUAUACCUGACAUCUCUGAGGAAGAUCUACAAUAUUGUGGUGCAGGUGUGUGCAUUGAUAUCAAUGCAAACUCCACGACCAAAAGACCAGCACAAGAAUUGGUUUGGACACUAGUCGGCUGCUAUAUUGGGGUGGGUAUGCUGGCCAUGAUGAUAGUGGCAGUAUUUCUGGAUAACAUAGACAGAGAUCAGGCCCAGGAGUUCAGGGGCAACAGGGAACCAUUCUGGAGCACCUUCCUGGCCACGUUCACACUCCUGAAAGACAAGAGACUCGUCAUUCUGAUCCCUUUGUCCAUGUACAGUGGCUUUGAGCAGAGUUUCCUCUCAGGUGAAUACACAAAGAACUAUGUGACCUGUGCAUUAGGAAUCCAUUAUGUUGGAUAUACGAUGAUAUGUUUUGGAGCCACAAAUUCUUUAUUUUCCUUUACGUUUGGGAGGUUGGCAGAAUACACUGGAAGAGCCCCACUGUUUUGCUUGGCUGCGGUGAUCAACUUUGCCUGUAUCCUGGCCCUGUUGUUCUGGAGGCCUCACCCAGACCAGCUGCCUGUGUUCUUUGUGUUUCCUGCUCUCUGGGGAAUGGCAGAUGCUGUAUGGCAGGCACAAACCACCUCACUGUAUGGGGUUCUCUUCCCCAGAGAAAAAGAGGCAGCGUUUGCUAACUGCUGUAUGUGGGAGUCCCUUGGGUUCAUGAUAGCGUUUGCCUACAGUACCUUCAUCUGUCUGGACACCAAGAUCUACAUCCUCCUUGGAGUUCUGAUCCUCUCCAUGGUGACCUGUUUGUGGGCAGAGUACCAAGAACACAAGAAUCCUACACUUCCAGUGGAGGAGGGAGUAUACGACAUAGACUAUAAAAAGGACACAGACCAGUACACAGACUACUCAAAAAACAUAAAUUGCAUCAUUGCUCAGACCAGCUUGUAGACAAGACGUGGAUUUGUUACGUAGAGUUAUACAAUGGGUGGGUCUAAUCCUGAAUGCUGAUUGGUAAAAAAAACUGCAUUCCAGCUAGUGUCUA